CUUAGGGGUCACUAUACGUCCGUAGGUCCACGUCUCCAUGUGUCUUGUCCAAUUCAGCAAGUAGAUGGCGUCUUCCCGUAACACAGGCGCCUCAUCCCUCCUGAAGAUAGCUGAGUCACAUCUCCACGCGCGCUCAUCGAAGGCACUUCGUGUAUUUCGUGGGGUCUCGCGCUCGAACAACAAUGCUGACGAUCACUCUGAAGACCCUCCAGCAGCAGACGUUCAAAGUGCAGAUAGACGAGGAGCUGACGGUAAAAGCUCUUAAAGAGAAGAUAGAGGAAGAAAAGGGGCAAGAUGCUUUUCCAGCUGUCGGUCAAAAACUAAUCUAUGCAGGCAAAAUUUUGAAUGACGAUAUACCUCUAAAAGAAUAUAAGAUAGAUGAGAAGAACUUCGUCGUGGUGAUGGUUACAAAGUCCAAACCUGCAGCACCUUCACAAGCUCCUGCUCCCGCGCCGGCAGCUGCCGCUACCGUUAGCGCAACUGUCGACGAGACCCCUGAACACACGCCCUCAACUCCCGCUGCGCCUCCUGCUGCAUCUACAGUGCCUGUAUCGGCCCCCGCUCCCGCUCCCAUAGAACCGGCGGCAUCAGCGGAGCCCGCACCACCCGUCACAGCGCCCCCUGCUGCGUCGGAGCCCGCUGAGGACAAACCUGAGCCUGUUAGCGCGACUCCCGCUCCGAUCUCAGAGGAGGAGAACCAGGAAGCCCAAGAGGAGCAGGCCAUCGCCCAAUCAGAGGCCAGCAUUACAGAUGAUUUGGGUCUUUUAGAAGCAGCCGCCUCCAUACUAGUUACAGGUCAAGCGUAUGAGAAUUUGGUUGCGGAAAUCAUGUCAAUGGGUUAUGAGAGAGAGCAGGUGAUCGCCGCUUUACGAGCGAGUUAUAACAAUCCGGACAGAGCCGUGGAGUACCUGCUUAUGGGUAUUCCCACAGAAUCGGAGCAGCCGCCGCAGGAAGUAGUGCGGCCCACGCCGGUGUCCAACCCCACCCCUCCAGCACCACAGAGACCUCAGCCGCCGCCCGCCGCAGCCGGUGCGGAGUCGGGAGCGGCGCAGGCCUCGGCGAACCCGCUGGAGUUCCUGAGGAACCAGCCUCAGUUCCAGCAGAUGCGUCAGAUCAUCCAGCAGAACCCGGCUCUGCUCCCGGCGCUCCUGCAGCAGCUCGGCCGAGACAACCCCCAGCUCCUGCAGCAAAUCACGCAGCAUCAGGAGCGAUUCGUGCAGAUGUUGAACGAGCCGCACGGAGGCGAGGCCGGAGCCGCUGAAGCUCCCAGCGCACCACAUACCAACUACAUCCAGGUCACGCCGCAGGAGAAGGAGGCCAUCGAGAGGUUAAAAGCUCUGGGGUUUCCAGAGGGACUCGUCAUCCAAGCCUACUUCGCCUGCGAGAAGAACGAAAACCUCGCCGCAAACUUCCUGCUCCAGCAGAACUUUGACGAUGAGUGAACGUUAAUCGAUUAGACGCAACAACACUCGGAGGACGGCGACGGAGAGAAUGCAAGCGAUAGGCCGCAUGUUGCGCGCGCGCGUGUGUGUGUGUGAAUGUGUGUGUUAAAGUGAAUAGGGGAAUGACUGGUCUUCCAUGAUGACUUUCAUGGAGUUUAAACUGAAGCCAUGAUGUGACGUUAUUAUCAGCUUAAUUUUUGUAUUUUUUUUUCUAGAUAUAGCCGAUUCUUUACGACGAGGUGUCCGUUGUCUGUCUGGUUUCUGCUGCUAUCUCUGCUGUGUGUCGAGUGAGGUUUUAUUUAUCACAGUUUAAACCCUGCCAAAAAAAAACAAAAACUCUCAAGGUCACCACUCAUUUCUCGCAGUUGUUUUUUAGGAUUAACAAUGAGACAUUUCAGUUAAAGUAGAUGCCAAAUUGAAUUUGUCGCCAAUGACAGACUCACGUCUUUUUAACACGUUGUACCAUUUUUGUUGCGUUUUCACAACUGGAACAUUUUUGGAAAAGUCAAAUUAAACAUGGUGUCUACUUAUGCCAUGUUAUCUCAUUUUCAGUGUUUAAUUUUCUUUCGUUUUGAGCCUAUACUGUUUAAAAUACAAUGUUUAUGCAGUGGACGUUACAUUAAACCAUUAAUAUUCAAAAAAUGAACAACAUGUUCUGCACUGCAUGGGUAUGUUAGUAUCUUUAAACCCAUGUUUAAAACAAGAACCGUCAAUAACGUCUACGAUCAUCAGUUAUUGGUAAAAAACAGCACUGAUAUGUGACAAUCUAGUUGGCUAAUUAACUAUAUCUGUUUUUUGAUAUGUUUAACAAAACUAAAAAUCUGUCAUCAUUUAUUCUGUUUCUUUAACACAAAAUUAGACAUCUGAAGAACGUUGGUAACCAAAAAUGUAAUGGUAGCCAUUGCUUUUCAUAGUAUGGAAAAAAAUAUGAUGAAAGUCAAUGGCUACCCUCAACUAUAUAUAAACAGGUGAUGGUAGUCAUUGAUUUCCAUAGUGUUCUGUUUCUUUUUUCGUGCUAUGCAAGGCAAUUGCUGUCAUCGAUUAUUUGGUUAUGGUUGACAAUAGUAUAUUAUAGUAUCCAUAGUAAAGUAUCGAGAAAAAAAAAUGACUUCCAUUGUUUUUCUCCCCAAUACUAUAGCUAUCUAAAUAAAACGCUAUGAUAAUCAAUGGCUACUGUCAACUGUAUGGUUGCCGUUGACGGUAGCCAUUGAUUUCCAUAGUGUUUUCUUUUCCAUAUGAAUGAAGGCAAUAGUAACAGUAUGAAAAAAAAAUAAGGAAGCCAAUAGCUGCUAUCAUCUUUCAGCUCUAACCAAAGAGAUGAUGGUAGCCAUUAGCAUCCAUAAUCUUUUUCCCAUACCAUGGAGGGCAAUGGCUACCGUCAGUUGUAUCCAAACUGUUGACAGUUGACUUCGAUAGCGUUUUAUUUUCUAUACUAUGAAAGGCUGUGUUUGGUUACAUAGAAUAGUAUGGGAAGUAAAAAAUGGAAGCCAAUGGCUACCAUUUUCUGUCAACUGUAACCAAACGGCUGACUAGCUAUUGGCGUCCAUAGUGUGGAAAAAUAAAUACUAUGGAAAUCAAUGGCUAACUGUUGGAUUACCAACGUUCUUCUCAUUUUUAAUUGUUAAUUUUAACUUUUUUGGUGAACUAUCCCUUUAUUAACUCUAAAGUUCACCCUAGAGCCAGUUCAGUAUGCAGUAGAAACUGAAUGAGCAGUGGUUUUGAAUGGAGCCCGACAUGCUGCAACCAUUGUAGGUAUUUUAUGUGGUUAAGCAACUGAAUGUGGUCGAUCGUCUCAGCGGGUCUCGAAAACCUCACAAAAAUAUGCAUUGUAAUUUGAAUAUUUGUAUAUUCGAGUGAAGGAAAAAACUGUGUUGUCUUGGUCUCUGUUGCACACUUAAGACAGUGCCAAACAUAAUUAGAAACUGGAACUAGAUGAAAUUACAGAGCUAGCUGCAAUGCUUGAAGUGGAUGCAGAACGCAUAUAUUUUUAUAUGAAUGAUGUGUCCUGCUCCUAUAAGGCUAGUUUUGAGUUAAAAAUGCUGGAAGGGUAUUUUUAUCAAGUAUGUAAAAAAUGUAUAGGUGUUCUGAAAGGUACAAGCAAGACUAAGCGUCCUGUUUACACUAAGUGAUGCAGUUUGGGUUUUUCAGUUCUGCAUUUUAUAUCAUUUUUUCGUCUUGGGGGAUUUGAUUUGUGGAGAACGUGAACAUGGAGGAGUUUGGUCUUAAAUGCAACAGCACAUGAGGGUUUGCCGAGUGAUUUAUGAAUGUAUUGUUUCAGUGGUGUGUGAAAUAAAUUGCUUUUAAAAAGCUUAAA